UCCAAGGCCCAAUGAGCUCCUGAUUAUUCACUUCAAAAGGAGCAGCAACUGAGAGCUGAGAGUACUCUUGGUUGUGGUUGGGUCCGAUGGCCGGGGCCAAGGAGAAGGCGUCGUUCCUGGAGCUGGUUCGCUACGCCGACGGGCGCGACCGGUGCCUGAUGGCGCUCGGCGUGCUGGGGAGCUUCGGCGACGGCAUGAUGCAGCCGCUCUCCAUGCUCGUCCUCGGGGACAUCGUCAACAGCUACGGCGGCGCCGGGAGCGCCUUCAGCUCCGGCGCCGUCGACAAGUUCGCGCUUCGGUUGCUGUACGUCGCAGUUGCGGUAGGCGCCUGCUCCUUCCUAGAGGGGCUGUGCUGGACCCGGACUGCCGAGCGGCAGGCAUCGAGGAUGCGGCGGCUGUACCUCGAGGCCGUCCUGCGGCAGCAGGUGGAGUUCUUCGACGCCGCGGCGCCAUCCUCGCAGGCCACAACGUUCCGGGUUAUCUCCACCAUCUCCGACGACGCCGACACCAUCCAAGACUUCCUCGCCGAGAAGCUGCCGAAUGUUCUGGCCAACAUGACGCUCUUCUUCGGCUCGCUGGCCGUGUCCUUCGUCUUCGCGUGGCGGCUGGCGCUGGCGGGCCUCCCGUUCACGCUCCUCUUCGUCGUGCCGAGCGUGCUGCUGGGCAAGCGUAUGGUCGCCGCGGCGGGGGAGGCCCGCGCGGCGUACGAGGAGGCCGGCGGCGUCGCCGAGCAGGCGGUGUCGUCCAUCCGCACGGUGGUGGCGUAUGGCGGGGAGGGGCAGACACUGGAGCGGUUCAGGCGCGCGCUGGCGCGGAGCACGGCGCUCGGCAUCAAGCAGGGGCUUAUCAAGGGAGCCGUCAUCGGGAGCAUGGGCGUCAUCUACGCCGUCUGGUCCUUCAUGUCGUGGCUCGGCAGCCUACUGGUCAUUCACUUGCACGCGCAGGGCGGCCACGUCUUCGUCGCCUCCAUCUGCAUCGUCUUGGCGGGAAUGUCCAUCAUGGUGGCGCUGCCAAACCUGCGGUACUUCGUCGACGCCGCGACGGCGGCGGCGCGGAUGCGCGAAAUGAUCGACAAGCUGCCGCCUCUCGAAGCGGCCGGCAAGAAGGGCGCCGUCAAGGAGAAAAUCAGGGGCCAGAUCGUGUUCAAGGACGUGCACUUCUCGUACCCAUCGAGGCCGGACACGCCGGUGCUCAACGGCGUGACCCUGACCAUCUCCGAGGGCGCUACCAUUGGCCUCGUAGGCGGGAGCGGGUCCGGGAAGUCAACCGUGGUCUCCUUGCUGCAGAGGUUCUACAGCCCGGACAUGGGCGAGAUAUUGCUGGACGGCCAUGCCAUCGACACGCUCAACGUGGAGUGGCUCAGGAGUCAGAUAGGCCUGGUGAGCCAGGAGCCAGUGCUGUUCGCCACGUCCAUCAGGGAGAACAUACUGUUCGGCAACGAGACGGCGUCGCUGAAGCAAGUCGUUGCGGCGGCGAAGAUGGCCAAUGCUCAUGACUUCAUCACCACAUUGCCCCAUGGAUACGAAACCAAUGUUGGGCAAUUCGGGACGCAGCUGUCUGGAGGGCAAAAGCAGCGCAUCGCCAUCGCUCGCGCGCUCAUCCGGGACCCCAAGAUCCUGCUCCUGGACGAGGCAACCAGCGCGCUGGACUCCGAAUCGGAGCGCGCAGUGCAGGAUGCGCUUGACCGGGCGUCUGUGGGCCGGACAACCAUCACCGUAGCGCACCGCCUCUCAACAAUCCGUAAGGCUGACAUGAUCGCGGUACUCCACGCGGGCCGCGUGGUGGAGUACGGCACGCACGACGAGCUCGUCGGCGUGGACGGCGGCGAAUGCGGGGUCUACGCCAGGAUGGUGCACAUGCAGAAGGCGUCCCUGGCCAGAGAGGAACGCCACCGCGUGGUUGAAGUAGAAGCGGAGAGCAGCAGGAUGUCGUUCCAGAGCGUCGAGAUCAUGUCCGUGGUCAGCAGCGCCCAUCCAAGCCCGGUGCCGUCGUUCCGGUCGGUCGAACACCCAGUGGAAGACAGCGAGCUCGACCGCUACCAUGCAAAGCGCGACCGCAAGCCGUCGCAGCUCCGCUUGCUCACAAUGAAUCGGCCAGAGUGGAAGCAAGCUCUGCUCGGGUGCGCCGGCGCGAUCAUAUUCGGCGCGGUACUGCCGCUGUACUCCUACAGCCUCGGCUCGUUGCCGGAGGUGUAUUUCCUCGGCGACGAUGGCCUCAUCCGUUCGAAGACCAGGCUGUACUCCCUUGUCUUCCUCGGCAUUGCCAUCGUCUGCAUCACUGCGAACAUCGUGCAGCACUACAACUUCGCCGUGAUGGGCGAGCGCCUGACAGAGCGCGUCCGGGGACAGAUGCUCGCCAAGAUCCUUUCCUUCGAGGUCGGGUGGUUCGACGAGGACGACAACUCGAGCGCGGCGGUCUGUGCGCGUUUGGCGACGCAGGCGACCAAGGUCCGCUCCCUCGUCGGCGACCGCAUGUGCCUCCUGGUGCAGGCGGCCGCCAACGCGACGCUGGGAUUCUCUCUGGCAAUCGCCGUGUCGUGGCGGCUCGCGGUGGUCAUGAUGGCCAUGCAGCCGCUGAUCAUCGCAAGCUUCUAUUUCAAGAAGGUCCUCAUGACGGCCAUGUCCAUGAAGGCCAAGAAGGCUCAGGUGCAGGGUAGCCAGCUCGCCAGCGAGGCCGUGGUGAAUCAUCGGACCAUCACCGCGUUCUCGUCACAGCGGCGGAUGCUCCGCCUGUACGAGGCGGCGCAGGAGGGGCCCAGGAAGGACAAUAGGGUGCAGUCCUGGCUCUCCGGCUUCUGCCUGUCCCUGUGCCAGUUCAGCAACACGGGCAGCAUGGCGCUUGCUCUGUGGUACGGAGGCAGGCUCAUGGCCAAGGGGCUCAUCACUCCCACACACUUGUUCCAGGUGUUCUUCAUGCUCAUGACCAUGGGAAGGGUGAUCGCCGACGCCGGGAGCUUGACGUCCGACCUAGCUCAGGGAGGUGACGUCGUGCGGUCCGUCCUUGACACGCUGGACCGUGAACCGAUGAUCAAGGACGACGGUGACGAAGUCAAAGAGUCAAACAGGAAGAGGGAACAGAAGCAGAAGGACAUCAAUGGCGCCAUCGAGUUCAGAAAUGUGCAUUUCAGCUACCCGACGCGGCCAGAGGUGGCCGUGCUCGCCAACUUCAGCCUUGAGAUAGGCGCGGGGAAGACGGUGGCGCUCGUCGGGCCGAGCGGGUCCGGCAAGUCCACGGUGAUCGGCCUGGUCGAGCGUUUCUAUGACGUGCAGAAAGGCUCGGUUCUGAUCGACGGCAGGGACAUCAAGAGCUACAAACUGGCACACCUCCGGUCGCACGUCGCGCUUGUCAACCAGGAGCCGACGCUAUUCUCCGGCACGAUACGCGACAACAUCAUGUACGGCGAUGAGCACGCCACCGAGGACGAGGUGACCAACGCCGCCAUGCUUGCCAACGCCCACGAGUUCAUCAGCGCAAUGGAGGGCGGCUACGACGCGCGCGUCGGGGAGCGAGGGGCACAGCUGUCGGGCGGGCAGAGGCAGCGGGUAGCGCUGGCGCGUGCGAUACUCAAGAACGCGAGGAUCCUGCUGCUGGACGAGGCGACGAGCGCGCUGGACGCCGUGUCGGAGAGGCUGGUGCAGGACGCCGUCGACAGGAUGCUGCAGGGGAGGACGUGCGUCGUCGUGGCGCACCGCCUCUUCACGGUGCAGAAGUCCGACACGAUCGCGGUGGUGAAGAACGGGAAGGUGGUGGAGAGAGGACGGCACAGCGAGCUCAUCGCCGCAGGACGUGGAGGGAUAUACUACAACCUGGUCAAGCUGCAACACGACAGAUCACCGUCCCUUAGUCCUAUGUGACACAUACGCAAAGGGAGUACAAGUUACUAAUAUAGCAGCAUCCAUGAAAAAGUGAU